UUUGCCGUAAUCGAAGUAAUUGCAAAAUACAAUUUUGAAAGAAUUUUUCAACAGUUUUAAAAAAUUAUCAUUGAAAUGCGUAAUGCACCAACUAGUCGUUUAUUACUAAUUUGUUUUUGUUCGUUUGUGCUUCCUUUUCUUCUUUUGCAAAUAUUGGAUUAUAAUUCCGAGACCGAACAAUGGACAUUAUAUUCAAGUGUUGAUCUUCGAAAUCGAAGGCAAAUGGAAAUAAUAUUCAUUGGAGGAAUGCAUCGCAGUGGCACAACAUUGCUAAGAACAAUGCUUGAUGCCCAUGCUGAUAUUAGAUGUGGCCCUGAGACUGCAGUGAUCUGCGACGUACUGGGGGUGAGAGAGGCAAUGGCAAAGGAUCCAAUGAUAGUUUCACGCCUUUCAAAGACGGACCUAUAUCCUGGAAUUACUGAUAAUGCUGUUGCACAAUUUAUUCUGGAAAUAAUAAUUCGUCAUGCGCCACCAGCUAUUCAUUAUUGCAACAAAGACCCUCUACAAAUGUUGUUUUCAAAAUAUCUACACCUUUUGUUUCCAAACGCAAAAUUUGUUUUAAUGAUACGAGAUGGAAGAGCAAUGGCCCAUUCUAUCAUAUCGAGGAAAUUACAAAUAUAUACAUAUAGCAUUGAGAGUUAUAGAGAAACGUUAUCGACGUGGAACAAAAAUAUAGAGAGAAUGUAUACGCAAUGUAUAGAACUUGGAGAGACGAUAUGUCAUUUGGUAUAUUACGAGCAAUUAGUAUUGCAGCCGGUGUCAACUACCAAGAACUUGUUUAAGUUUUUGGAAAUACCUUGGAGUAUCGCAGUUCUGCAUCAUGAAAAAUAUACAAACGAAAGUGAUUUCUCAAAAGCCGAGGCAUCCACCGAUCAAGUAUCAAAACCUCUGUAUUUGGCUGGACUCACACAAUGGUUUGGUAACAUUCCAAAAGAUGUAGAAAGAGAUAUGAUCAAAAUUGCACCGAUGCUAAGUGUUUUAGGAUAUAAUCCAGAAGACAAGACUCCUAACUAUGGAGAACCAGAUGAGUUUGUCAAAGAAAAGAUUGAGAAAGAAAAGAAGAAUAACAUCACAAGUUAACGUUGUUACAAUGGGUUGCACAUUAGUAAUCACAGUACUUUGUCGUUACUUCAUGUCAGUGUGAUGAAAUAUCUUGAUAUCUUUGCAAUAUGUUAAAACCUAAAUGUUACCUAUAAAAUAUAAUUAUCUUUGGUCGAAAGAAGAUUAUAAUUACCAAUAUUGUUUCAUAUCAAUAUAUUCGUGUUUCCCAUUUUGCUAGAGGUAUAUAUAAUCGCUCGGAAAAUAUACGGAAAUUAUUUAACAUUUAGUAUUUAUUGUUCGUUUACUUCAAACGUAACAAAAUUUAUCGCAUAUUAACCAAUAUUAAAUAAAUAGUAUAAUAGUUGCCAUAUAUAUAAGUCAGAAAUUGAAAAUGCUAAUUCUGAGUAGUUUAUUCUCGCCGUGAGUAUGAUGUCUUGUCCGCCCACUUCCGUGGACUGCGAGCGACUUUUCGGUAACAUCCCCUUUACGGAACAGGCUUGUUCCAGGAAAUGUAGGAAUUCUUACAUUUUUGUACGUUAAUCUGAACAAAUUACAGUUCGAAUACUGACAUUGCAUAUAUCAUACAUUUGGUGCAAACGUUUUUGUGGGAUGUAUCACUCUGCUGAUUUGUACCAUUCUGUUUUGUGAUGUGAUUUCAUUGAGAAUAUAAGCCGU